UUUUCACCGCUAGCACCAUCACGACGAUGAUGAUCAGAGACGACACGAGCAACAAUCAGACGUCCUCUCAUGUGGGAGAUGAGAGGAGGCGAGGCCUUUCCGUGCACAUCAGCCACGUCGACUGCAGUCCGAUCCAGCAGACCCAGUACGUGAUCCGCGUCGCGGACUUCUACACAGACGCGUAUGAGCGUACGGUGCGACGUCCGUACUCGGAGUUCCGCCGCUUCCGUUUCCACAUCCUCGACCUCCUGAAGCUUUGCACCGACGGCGAUGAUUUGUCUCAAAGGGUCUCCAAGCAGAUUGAGGCGUUGGUGUUUCCCCCGAAACGGUUCUUUGGGGCACGAUCCGAAGCAGUGGUGCGAACUCGUGCCAAUGCACUCAACAAGUGGAUCACUUGCGUCUUGGCUAUCACGACAGAGUACCGCAAGGCCCAGAAGAAUCUCGCUGUGUGCGACCCGUCCGCGUCCACCCAAGGCAGCGCCGUCCUCCUCGACGCGCUCAAGACGUUUUUGACGUCGCGUGUGGAAGAAUUGCAGUUGAUAAAUCCCCUGCCACUGGAGAAAUCCCAGUCAUUGCCGAUGCCGCCACCUGUAGACAUGAAGGGUCGCGGUCUGCCGCAACGACGUACGUCUUCGAGCCAUCACAACUCCCAUGAACGGUCUAACAACCUCGAGUCAUCCACCUCUACGCUCCAAGUGACCUCGACAGCUCCACUGGUUGCGCUACCGGCGUUGACCAUGAACGACAUCAACCACAUUGCGUCAUCCGUCAUCAAGUCGUCGAGCGGCAGGUCCAUCCUCAAGUCCCACGAUCGUCUAGCAUCGUCCGGAAGUGGUAUGCGGAAAACCAAAACCCGUUUCUCGAUUGCCGAACCGUCUGAAACGUCCUUUUCGAACAAUCGUUGUACAAGUAACAGUUCCGAAGGAGCACAUCAUCACCGGUCGUCGUCGUCAUCUACGGCUGCGUCGUCCGCGGAAGGCUCCUUCGUCUUCACACGUACCAAAGCAUCGUCUCGGUCAAAUCUCGCCAAGACGGAACUGUCGGCACGACUGAAGUCAACAUCGUCAUCAAAUCAAUCCCGCCACUCGAUGCAUCUUCACAACUACCGCGGCUCCGUGGUCAAGGACGCGCGAUUCUCCAUGACCCAGCCUAAAGUCAUCAAGCGCCUGCCCGCCGGGGACGAGUCGGACAUUGUACUUGCGGCUGAAACUGAGCUGCAAAGCAUGGGACUCAGUACCGACACGGCGGCCAUGGUGCUUCGAUACAUGGACCGAUUCCUCGUCAAAGCCACGCAGCGCCAGCCUGGUUGCUACCGCAUCACCCCCGACAACUGGCUCGCUAUCGACGCCGAACGCCUGUGUACCGAGCUCGAAGAAGCACUGUUCAAUCCGGCCCACAUGCAAGCGAUGCUGUUCAGUGGCGGCGAGUGGCGCAUUCCUCAGGCGCUGGAAGGCUACAUCCAGCACAAGUGGGCGGUGCACCACAACACAGCCAUGGACGAGCAAGCCGACGACUCGGACGACGACGAGCCCGACGACAGCCACGCGGAAACGCUGACCAAGUCGGCGCGCAAGAACCCAUCGCUCUUCUCGCGCCACGACAUCGACGAGAUCGAGCAGCUCAUGAGCGAAGGCACGGCAUCGCGGUCCCAAGUCAAGCAAUUGCGCCGUCAGCUGGACGAAGGCAACUGGGACCGCCACGCCACCCGUCGGCGGGCGAUUCCAUUGAUGGACAACGCCCUCAACAGCGACGACGACAACGAUAGCUUGGGCGAAGAAGAAGACAUUGACUUUGCCACAUAUGCCCGUCGAAAGAGCGGAAAGACAACGACGCCAAAGCCCACUUUUCAGGACCACGGGGGGCUGGUCUAGUCGACGGAGGUGUAUGAGAAGGUUGUGGUGGUUACACUAGUACUAUUUAACAAGGAAAAGUUGGUCCAAAGCGUCCUACUAACUCAUGUCGGGGUGGCGUUGGUCGAGGACUCGACGAAUGUGUCGGCGCAAAACACUUUGGGCGGCGGCGCGUGGAGCCGGCACCCACAGAGCAUGCACAUGGCGCAAAGCGAGUUGCAUACAACGAACUUGGACGCGCAGUU